GCUCAGUCUCCACCGCCACCAGGAGGUUCGUUAAUCAGCAGCAGAUGUGAACGCGCUCACUUUGUAACGGAGGUCUGGGGUGUUUUUUGCACGCACGAGCGCUUAUAAUAGUAAUAAUAAUAAUAAAAAGAAGAAUAAUAAGAGCAAUUGUAAUUCGAACUAGUAAACUGUAGACGCGUUUUAAACCUGUAUUCGGUGUCGGGACUGAAACCUUCAUCUGUUUGCACCAAGGAAGUAAGUUAAAGUUCAGUGUGUUUGCUGGCAGAGCUGCAGUGUCCUGCACACAUGUCCUCCGAGGCCUCAUCCCCGGUGCCCGCGGCUCCGUCCACAACCCCUCCGCUAUCCCCUACUUCUCCGGUCUCACCUAGCUCCCUGCAUCUGCCCCAUUGCCGCCAGAGACCCCGCUCACCCUCUCCCAUGAGAGGGUUCCUGAUCCCCAGCCCGCUACCUACCCGCCGCAACCGCACCACCUCUGCGACUGCUCGGGCAGCUGAGGGUCCGGUCUUCACCGGGGUCUGCAAGUGCUUCUCCCGAUCCAAAGGUCACGGCUUCAUCACACCAUCGGAUGGCGGUGCUGACAUCUUUGUGCAUAUCUCAGAUAUCGAGGGAGAGUACGUUCUAGUAGAAGGGGAUGAGGUGAGCUAUAAAAUCUGCUCCAUUCCACCCAAACACGAGAAGGUUCAAGCUGUGGAAGUGACCAUAACUCACCUGGCACCUGGCACUAAACACGAGACAUGGUCAGGAACAGUGAUCAACUCCUGAACAAAGCUAUUUCUGCUCAAUGAUUUUGUCCCUUUGCUGAAUUUGAUGGGAGAAAAAUGGUGCUAGAUGACGGCUGAGUAUGUGAGAGCAGUGUGACAGCUGAUGGCAGAUGGAAGACUAUGCUUGCCUUGAUAUGGUGGUUUUUUGUGGGGGUUUUUUUUGUGUGAUUGUAUCCAUUAUCGUUAAUGGGUUUUUUUUCUUUUGAUGCAAAAGGAGAAUUCUUUGCUGAUCAAUAUGCUUACACUAACCGUUUGUAGUUCUGUAGGAUUGCUUUUGUUUAUUACCAAGUUUAAUGAACUGCAAUGAAAAAAAAUAAAGCCUUAAUUCAUAUCUA